CUACGUAGUUGGUGACCACCAUCAUGUCGGUGAACAUCUUUGCCUGCAUUGUUCACAGCGCUGUACAUUAUCGCAUGUGAGACGACAUUCGCGUUCGCUUCAAGCCCCACGGCAGGAUGUUCACAGCAUGCAGCCGCGCCUCAGCCGGAGCGGGUCAUACAGGCACUCAGCCUCCCUACUUUACCACUCGACCCACCCUUAUCUUCGCGCUCCAUCCUAGCCAUAUGGCGAUGGGGUACUUUCGAGCGGACAAGUAAUGCGCACGUAGCAAGUACCGUACGAUGGCCGAAGUCGUGGGCCUCGCAGCUAGCAUCAUCCAGAUCGCGGGGGCUGGCGCCAAGCUCAGCGUCGCGUUGUACAACUUCACGAACUCAGCCGCGCGGGCAGACCAAGACGUCAAGGACAUCGCCGACGAUGUAGAGCUCACGUCGAACGCGCUCGAGAGCGUAGGCAGAGUGUUUGAGUCCGAGGAGGCCGGGUCAAUCGUGUCGAAGAAGGCCAUUCAAGACGCUAAUAACAUCAUCAGAAAAUGCCAAAGUGUUUUCGACGAAGUUUCAGAGAUGGUAGAAAAGAGGAGACGAAUUGGAAAGGACGGAAAGAAGGGCUUGAGCGUUAUGGGUAAGCUGGCUUGGCCGAUGAAGGAACAGCGGGUCGAGUUGAACCGAAGGAGACUCGAGAGUUUGAAGAACAGCCUUGUGCUUUUGCUGCAUGUCUUGCAACUAGCCCAAGGCCAGGUGCGAGGAAGAGUGGAGAAAAGUGUCUUGGAAGAAGAGCGUGACAAGAUCCGCGAGUUGCACCAACGACAGCAGGACUCACUCAAAAGCCUACAAGCCCUCGAAAAUAGAUUCUGCCAUGUCGCACUCGAUGACGAAGAGACUCUCCGAGGAUCAAGUAUCGCCUCUCGUGUUCCAACAUUGGAGCUUAUGGCCAACGCUCCAGUCAUGGAGCUGCCUCCGUUAGAGAAGCCCUCAAAGCCUCAGAAGGACACCAUUACCAUCGAUCUUUCGACCGCGAAUGAUUCGGAUACUUCUGACAGCGACGCUACAAUGUCGGGUGACGACAAUGAGGAAUACAUCUCCACCGAAGAACUCGCAAAAGCAGCCGACCACGUGAAGAAACUACUGAAGCGUAUCACAAUGCUACAGAAGAACUUUGAUGCCGACAAGAAACAUAAAAAGCGACACGUGCACAAGAUUUAUCAACGCUUCUGCCGAAAGUUCGAAUCAGGUAUCAAAUCUUGUGUGAAAGACGCAAAUUUCGGAGAGUUGCGAGCUGAGGAUUCCUUCGAUUUAAACGAUAGUGGGGGUGCUUUGGAGUGUUUUGACUUGGAAAGCUUUCUUCAGGUUCCGGGGGAGAGCACGCAGUUUCCAUUGCUUGAUUUCGAUUUUCUCGGAGAGCAACAUACAGAGCCUCAGCAAGCAAACAAUCCCGAGGCCGUACCGUCGAUGCAGAGCUGUCAGCACCCGCCUCUUGUAUCUGCUGAUUUGAUCGAACCAGUUCCAUCACCCUCUGCCCAAACGCCCCCUUAUCCUCCAGUGCCGCUUCUUAGUGCAGCCUCAGACCUUCCGUUUGAUCUGUCUGGUCAACAACAAGGACCCAUUCUUGAUCAAGGACAGUCAGCACCGGCUCAGCAGUCCCCUGAACCAUUAGCGCAGACGUGGGCGCGGAUGCAGAGGCAGGCGCAAUCAAUGGCUCAACAACAGGCUCAAGCGCAGCAGCCACAAGCUCAGUCACAGGCUGCAAUGCAGCCAAUGCUGAGUAUUGAUCAAAGUCUGCCUAGUCCUGCUAUGCCCAUGCUCAACAGACAUAUGCUGCCUCCAGUCUCUACGUCUAGUCUUUAUGUGCCCACGUACAGCAGACCUGUGAUGCCUGAAACAUCUCGGUCAUCACACAGGCGUGUCGAAAGCUCGCUACGUCCCCGAGUUCCUAUACCGACUGCACAUUCGGCUCUCUUACCCCGACCGCCGGUCGGUAACACUGCCUUGCAAGACUAUCAAUAUCAGUUGAUGUUCUUAGAUUGUCAGAAAAGGAGAAGGAAAUCAGCUUCUGAACAGAAACAAGACAUUGACAGCCAAUUGAGGACCAGAGACGACGAGCCAACCACAACUUCCGCAUUUCAUACGACUCAUACGCGAGAAGACACUCACGAACGAGGGAAGCAUCGCAUCUCCAAUAAGCUCAGCGAUUUGAUGUCAGGCCGUGUUGGGCAUAGUCCGGAUAUGUUCGGAAAGCAGGCGAGCCAAGAGCCGGAUACAUCUUCAUUUAUCGAUGGUUUGCUGGAUGUAGAGGACGUAGAGACAGGAGUAUAUCCAAAGAAGCGCGGCCGGAAACUCGCGUUGACGGCAGAACAAAAGCGCAACGCUACUGGAAUGCGCAGAUUAGGAGCUUGUAAAAACUGUCAAAGCCUCAAGCUGAAGUGUGAUCCUAGAUCUCCGUGUGGCAGCUGCGUAAAGCGGAACGCUGAACAGGAAGAGAUUUCCAGUAAGAUCUGCUGCGAAACGAACGUUGCCCAACGCCUUGAGGGGUUUCAAACUGGAAUUGGGCUCACCAGCCCACUACCACUACCAGGCGUUCGUUCCCGGCACAUUAAAUUUUCAGAAUUUGCGGAGUCUGAUGCCAGGGACUCACCUAGAGAAGAAAGCUUCAAGCCCAGCGGAGACAGAAGAGUCGGCAGGCAGCGACAGCGUAGCACCAUCGACUCUAGGAUAGACCAGCGUUCGUCGAGAAAAAGACGUCGUUUAGGGAAGGAUGAGGAUGAGCACUGUUCCAAGGAUGCUGCUGACAUAACGUUACAGCAAGGGGAGAAUGAGGAGAUGAUGGAGACUGGGAUUGCUUGGAGUUCGGUGGACAGAGACAUCGUCGAUGUGUUGCUCGAGCAAUGGACUGUGCCAGUGUAUUGACGGUUACACGCUCUUCAUUCUUUUUUUUGUGACUGCGCAGUUAUUUUACGCAGCUACCUGAAUCUAGAAUCGUACUACA